AUGGCUGCUGCCGCAGCAGCUUCUCACCUGAACCUGGAUGCCCUUCGGGAAGUGCUGGAAUGCCCUAUCUGCAUGGAGUCCUUCACAGAGGAGCAGCUUCGACCCAAACUUCUGCACUGCGGCCAUACCAUCUGCAGACAGUGCCUAGAGAAGCUGCUGGCCAGCAGCAUCAAUGGUGUCCGCUGUCCGUUUUGCAGCAAGAUCACCCGUAUAACCAGCCUGUCUCAGUUGACAGACAACCUGACUGUACUGAAGAUCAUUGACACGGCCGGGCUCAGUGAGGCUGUGGGGCUGCUCAUGUGCCGGUCCUGCGGGCGAAGGCUGCCGCGGCAGUUCUGCCAGACCUGUAGUGUGGUGUUAUGUGAGCCUUGCCGGGAGGCUGACCACCAGCCUCCUGGCCACUGCACACUCCCUGUGAAAGAGGCAGCUGAGGAGCGGCGGCGAGACUUUGGAGAGAAAUUGGCCCGUCUGCGAGAGCUUAUGGGUGAGCUGCAGCGACGGAAGGUCGCCUUGGAAGGAGUGUCCAAGGACCUUCAGGCAAGGUAUAAAGCCGUCCUCCAGGAAUACGGGCAUGAGGAGCGCAGAGUCCAAGAGGAGCUGGCUCGUUCUCGCAAGUUUUUCACUGGCUCUCUGGCUGAGGUUGAGAAAUCCAAUAGUCAAGUGGUAGAGGAACAGAGUUACCUGCUCAACAUUGCGGAAGUGCAGGCUGUAUCUCGCUGCGACUACUUUCUGGCCAAGAUUAAGCAGGCUGAUGUAGCACUACUGGAGGAAACAGCUGACGAGGAGGAGCCGGAGCUCACUGCCAACCUACCCCGGGAGCUCACCCUGCAGGAUGUUGAGCUCCUUAAGGUAGGCCAUGUUGGCCCACUUCAAAUUGGGCAAGCUGUGAAGAAGCCCCGGACAGUCAACAUGGAAGAUUCCUGGGCCAUGGAGGAGGCGGCAGCCUCUGCUGCCUCCACCUCUGUUACGUUUAGAGAGAUGGACUUGAGCCCUGAGGAAAUGGUUGCCAGUCCGAAGUCCUCACCCGCUAAGCAAAGGGGUCCUGAGACUGCUGCUAAUAUUCAACAGUGUCUCUUUCUAAAGAAGAUGGGGGCUAAGGGCAGCACUCCAGGCAUGUUCAACCUUCCAGUCAGUCUCUGUGUGACCAGUCAAGGAGAAGUGCUGGUUGCUGACCGAGGUAACUACCGUAUACAGGUGUUUACUCGCAAGGGCUUCCUGAAGGAGAUCCGCCGCAGCCCCAGUGGCAUUGAUAGCUUUGUGCUGAGCUUCCUUGGGGCUGAUUUGCCCAAUCUCACUCCUCUCUCAGUGGCCAUGAACUGCCAUGGACUGAUUGGUGUGACCGACAGCUAUGACAAUUCCCUCAAGGUGUACACCUUGGAUGGCCACUGCGUGGCCUGUCACCGGAGCCAGCUGAGCAAACCCUGGGGCAUUACAGCCCUGCCUUCAGGCCAGUUUGUGGUAACUGAUGUGGAAGGUGGAAAGCUCUGGUGUUUCACUGUGGACCGAGGCGCAGGGGUGGUCAAAUACAGCUGCCUCUGCAGUGCUGUGCGGCCCAAGUUUGUCACGUGCGAUGCAGAGGGCACUGUCUACUUCACCCAGGGGUUGGGUCUCAACCUCGAGAACCGGCAGAAUGAGCACCACCUGGAGGGUGGUUUUUCCAUUGGUUCGGUGGGCCCGGAUGGGCAGCUGGGUCGACAGAUUAGCCACUUCUUCUCAGAGAAUGAGGAUUUCCGCUGUAUUGCUGGCAUGUGUGUGGAUGCCCGUGGUGAUCUCAUUGUGGCUGAUAGUAGUCGCAAGGAAAUCCUUCACUUCCCUAAGGGUGGAGGCUAUAGCGUCCUUAUUCGAGAAGGGCUCACCUGCCCAGUGGGCAUUGCUCUCACUCCUAAGGGGCAGUUGCUAGUUUUGGACUGUUGGGAUCAUUGCAUCAAAAUCUAUACUUACCACCUGAGGAGAUACUCCACCCCUUAG